UGAGCCCCGUGGUCCAGUCACCGUCGCCAUCCCGCAAAGCUACACGGGCCGAAAGCAAAUCAACAGAAGCCGAUCAACGACAGGAAUAGGAAACAAUAUGUUUGGAUUCGGAAAGAAGAGCGAGAAAGCCGAGACAGAGACUUCGUCUCCGGACGGUACCACUGUCGGUCUCCCGAGCUCGCCUCCCGACACUGUGGAGGGCAACGUGCCCGCCAAGAGACAGAACGGCGCCUUCAUUGACACCGAGUCGGUCGUCUCGGACGUCACGCUGGUUGCCCAGCAGGAGGGCCUGAAGCCGACCUUUGUCGCUAAGUGCAACGUGAUCAACCGCGCGCUCGCCGAGAUUGGCAUGGGCAAGUACCAGUGGGAGCUGUUCUUCGCCGGCGGCUUUGGCUGGUUUGCCGACAACAUUUGGCUCCAGGGUGUCGCCAUCGUGCAGCCUCAGGUCUCAUACGAGUGGAACCGCCCCGCCGGCGAGAAGCCCGAUAUCAAGUUCACCACCUUGGCCCUCUAUGCUGGUCUGAUCGCUGGCGCUUCUUUCUGGGGCUGCUCGGCUGACAUUAUCGGUCGCCGCACUGCCUGGAAUGCCACUCUUCUCGUCGGCGCUGUCUUUGGUCUUGCUGCCGGCGGUGCCAACAACUUUGUUACGUUCUGUGCGCUCCUCGCGUGCAUUGGGUUCGGUGUAGGCGGCAACCUGCCCGUCGAUGGAACCAUGUACCUCGAGUUCUUGCCGGGCUCUCACCAGUGGCUUUUGACGUUGCUAUCCGUCUGGUGGGCCAUCGGUCAAGUCGUCGCUUCGCUCAUCGCCUGGGGCUUCCUCGCCAGGUGGAACUGCGACCGGGCUGUCACGGACCCAGACUACGUCUGCAGUGCGAGCGAGAACAUGGGUUGGCGCUACACCUACUACACGCUUGGCGCUCUCAUGUUCGUUCUUUGGGUCGGCCGGUUCUUCGUCCUGCCCGUCUACGAGUCGCCCAAGUUCCUCAUCUCUCACGGCCGCGACCAGGCCGCUGUGGACGUCAUCAACGCUGUCGCCAAACGUAACGGGCACCCGCUUCGUCUUCACAUCGACGACCUGCACCGCGCCGUUGAGCCGUUCUUGACCGAGGAGGAAAAGAUGAACGCUCAAUACGAGACCAAGCUCACCACCAUGGAGCUCAUCAAGUCUGGCAUGGCCGAGUUCAACAUCAGCCACAUCAAGACUCUCUUCGCCACCAAACGGCUCGCGUGGUCGACUACGCUUAUCGUCUUCUGCUACGGUGCAGUCGGUAUCGCGUACCCGCUCUUCUUCUCAUUCCUGGGAACCUACCUCAGCGUCAAGCUCGGUGAAAAAGGUAGCGGCGGAUCGGACAUCGACUCGAUCUACUCAGCCUACACAUACCAGGCCGUAUGCGGGGUUCCCGGGUCGUUUGCCGCCGCGUACUUGGUCACAUGGUCACGUGGAGGGCGCAAGUUCGCCAUGGCUUUUUUCACAGCCAUGACUGGCGUAUUUUUGUUCUGCCUCACCGCCUCCAAGAACAACGCGACCGUCAAUGGUCUGACGUGCAUGGCUUCGUUCUUCGCCAACGCAUUCUACGGAGUAAUGUACGGCUACGCGCCGGAGCUGUUCCCCACGCCGUCUCGCGGCACCGGUGACGCGCUGUGCGCGGCUUUCAACCGUAUUACGGGUAUUUUUGCACCUGUAAUCGCCAUCACUGCGCAGUCGCUCAAGCAGAACCCGGAUGGCCCUGUUAUGGCCUCCGGUGGCAUCUUCAUCGCCACUGGCAUCAUCAUGAUGUUCUUGCCGGUGGAGACCAACGGCCGCACGGCGUUGUAAGCAGUGUAUUUGACACAGCGUGCCAGUGGCGGUGGAGGCAGCCGGCUGGCUCCGCGCUCCUUCCCUCCCUCUGCACGUCCCAUCACUGUAUCCUCAGUAACUCAUGUGGUUACUCUCAUCUUUUUGUGUUAUAGUCUAGU